UAAGGAAUGAGGCCAUCUCGCCAUUUAUUUAUUUAUUUGUCUGUUGUUUUGUUUUUAAAUCUGUGAUGCGCCAUCAGAAAAUGAUUUCUGCCUCUGCCCCUGGCGUGGCUUUGGGAGAUGCUUGUCUGUCAGCCAAUGGAGAGGACCGGAUUCUGGCAGGGGGCUGUGCCUUUCGGUCAGGCCGCCACCCCCCACCCCCUCCUCCCUGCACACAAAAGCAGCAUAAAUUAACCAUCUUCGGGAAGCCGAGCCUCUGCCAGCCGUGAGCUGGGAAGAAGCAGCUACCUCCGAGGCAGGGCGCGCAGGCGGGUGGCGAUGAGAGCGGGCGCAGCCGCAGCCCCGCGAGGGGGAGCCCACCGCUAACCCUGCACCCCACCCACCCCUGCACAAAAGAGCUGGCGGGCGCUGGCCACGUCGCCCUGGGUGACCUUCCUCGGAUGCAGAAGCCGUCCCUGCGAGCAUCCUCUUCCUCCCAGGCUCUGAAGGCCUGGGGAGCGUGAGCGAUGCCCAGCUGCACCCGGGCAGGGCUCGCCUUUGUUUGCCAGUAAGGAGGAGAGGCUGUCUCAGCUGCAGAGGGGUCACCCCUGCUUCAAGCCGGUGCCUCUUUCCGGCUCCUAUGGGGACCACAGAAGCCACGCUCCGGAUGGAAAACGUGGAUGUGAAGGAGGAAUGGCAGGACGAAGACCUUCCCAGGCCGCUCCCAGAAGAGACGGGGGUGGAAUUGCUUGGCAGCCCAGUAGAAGACACAUCCUCUCCUCCCAACACGCUAAACUUCAACGGAGCGCAUCGUAAGAGGAAGACGCUGGUGGCCCCAGAUAUAAACAUUUCUCUGGAUCAGAGUGAGGGAUCCCUGCUGUCUGAUGACUUCUUGGAUACCCCUGAUGACCUGGAUAUUAACGUGGAUGACAUCGAGACCCCCGAUGAGACUGACUCGCUGGAGUUCCUGGGGAAUGGCAACGAACUGGAGUGGGAAGAUGACACCCCCGUGGCCACCGCCAAGAACAUGCCCGGGGACAGCGCAGAUCUAUUUGGGGACGGCACGACGGAGGACGGCGGUGCCGCCAACGGGCGCCUGUGGCGGACGGUGAUCAUUGGGGAGCAAGAACACCGUAUAGACCUGCACAUGAUCCGGCCUUACAUGAAAGUGGUCACCCACGGAGGGUACUAUGGCGAAGGCCUCAACGCCAUCAUCGUCUUCGCAGCCUGCUUCCUUCCAGACAGCAGCCUCCCCGACUACCACUACAUCAUGGAGAACCUCUUCCUGUACGUCAUCAGCAGCUUAGAGCUCCUGGUGGCUGAGGACUACAUGAUCGUGUACCUGAACGGCGCCACGCCCCGGCGAAGGAUGCCGGGGAUCGGCUGGCUGAAGAAGUGCUACCAGAUGAUCGAUCGGAGAUUGCGGAAAAACCUGAAGUCCUUGAUCAUCGUCCACCCCUCGUGGUUCAUUCGGACUGUGCUGGCCAUCUCUCGCCCUUUCAUCAGCGUCAAGUUCAUCAACAAGAUCCAGUACGUGCACAGCUUGGAAGACCUGGAGCAACUCAUCCCCAUGGAACACGUCCAGAUCCCAGACUGCGUCCUGCAAUACGAAGAGGAAAGACUGAAGGCCAGGAGGGAGAGCGCGAGGCCCCAGCCGGAGUUUGUGAUGCCCAGAUCUGAAGAGAAGCCAGAGGUGGCACCAGUGGAAAACAGGUCUGCUCCGGUCACAGAAGAUCAGGAAACAAGCAUGUCCUGAGGCGACGUGAGCAUAACGAAGGACAUGAAAGAAGAUUCCAGAUGCCAGGAAACCUCUGUCAGACGCCCACUGGCCCCAGAUCUCAUCCUGCCUCAUCCUGAGUCCCAGUCUUCCAAGGGUGCCAGCCCCUCCGUUCAUCUCUGAAACCCAGCAUCCUUUUCAGCUGCUUGAAAACAUUGUAUUUUUUUUUAACGAUGCAGUAUUCGUGCGUUCCAGAAAAGGGCCCAGCUCUGAGCCCCUCACCCUUCCACACUCACAAACUCUCAGCCGAGGAAGGCAAGAAGCACAGGGGGUGGCCCGUGUGGCGUCGGUGGCCUCCGCUUCUGCUCGCAGCCGCCGUGGUCAGAGCUGGAUACAAGAUUCAAGACCCUUCUCUUGCUUGUCACCCGCUCUGGGUUGGAGCCACAGACGCCCACCACCACCCCGGCUGGGUCUGCGUCCUUUCCUGUGCCUUUCCCCCCAGAACGCGGCCCUGGACCUAGAAGCUCAACCCCCCAGGAGGGCCACGUCCUGAGGUACCUCCUGGCCUCUGACCUUACAUCCAAAAUUCACACCCGUGGUUUUUCAUUUGACCCGCCCCCUUCUCGCUCAUAAUGACACCCAGCUCCUUUGAGAGGAUCAGAGCCCAUUGCACAAGAAGAGCUGCUGCCAACCAUCCUUGUCCUCUGAUUGCAAAACGACACCCCGGUAAUCUAGAACAUUCUCAAGCCCCUUUAACUCAGAUGCCAAGCCACAGGGCAAACCCAGUCAAUACCUCCCACCAAGGAAUGAGAUAUGUGGACCUCACUGCUCCCCCAACCCGGCAUCAGGCUGGGACACACCAACGCUGUUCUGGGUUGGAACAGCAGAGGCUCAGAAGCUGGCUCUGAAAUAGACCUAGCAAAAGGAAGAUACAGGGUAUCCAGCGGGUUCUUGUUCGGGAGGCAAAUUUCCCUUGGAAAAAGAAGACAGACUUUUCUAAUGUGGUCCAAAUGCCGGUCACUGGUCAGAUGGACUCUAGAAGCAGUGAGCUCCCUGUCUCUGGAAGCAUUUAAGAAAAGGCUAGGCCGGGCACGAUGACUCACGCCUGUAAUCCUGGCACUUUGGGAGGCCGAGGUGGGCGGAUCCCCUGAAGUCAAGAGUUCGAGACCAGCCUGGCCAACAUGGUGAAACCUCAUCUCUACUAAAAAUACAAAAAUUAGCCAGGCAUGGUGGCAGGUGUCUGUAAUCUCAGCUACUUGGGAGGCUAAGGCACGAGAAUCACUUAAACCUGAGAGGCAGAGGUUGCAGUGAGCCAAGAUCGUGCCACUGCACUCCAGCCUGGGUGACAGAGCAAGACUCUGUCUCAAAAAAAAAAAAAAAAAAAAAAACUAGUCAGGGCACAGUGGCUCAUGCCUGUAAUCCCAGCACUCUGGAAGGCUGAGGUGGAUGGAUCACCUGAGGUCAGGAGUUCGAGACCAGUCUGGUCAACAUGGGGAAACCCCGUCUCUAAAAAAAAAUACAAAAAUUAGCUGGGCAUGAUGGUGCACGCCUGUAAUCCCAGCUACUCGGGAGGCUGAGGCAGGAGAAUUGCUUGAACCCGGGAGGCGGAGGUUGCAGUGAGCCGAGAUCACGCCGCUGCACUCUAGCCUGGGCAAGAAGAGCAAAACUCUGUCUCAAAAUAAAAAGCAAAGAAUGGACAGUGUUUGCAGAGAGUUGCUCACGAAGUUCCCCCUAAUCGUAAAUGUCUUCAUGUCUAUCAACCUGAGCAGACAGCGAGUAGAGCGGGCACAUUCUCCAGGCCCUUCUUCCUGGCUCUGUGGUUGGCCUCUCAGCAAGUGCUGUCCAGGCUGGGCCAACCAGACCCACAAUUGACUGAGCCUCAGUGAAAGCGUCCAGUGCAUCUCUACCUGAGACAGCAAGGAAGUGCAUUCUGGGCUAUUCCAACAACGAUGGCAGGGGACUGGUGGUGCUUAGUGCUGAGGGGCAGCGGUACAGAAAAAUGUGCCCUGUGGGACGGGGUCCUGCGCAAGCCCCGCCCCCAAAACCCAGCAGCUUCUGCCAUGAGGAAGGUGGGGUUUCUGAGCGGGCUUAGGCCUGCAGGUUCCCAUGGAGCCCCCGGCUGUGAUGGGACACUUCUGGGUCUCAGCAUUGCCCUGGGGAGGCUGGGACAUUUAGGGACGUGGUAGGGUUUUAACAUUUGUUUCCCAAAUGUCAAAUCUCGGCCGGGUGCAGGGGCUCACACCUGUCAUCCGAGCACUUUGGGAGGCCGAGGUGGGUGGAUCAUUUGAGGUCAGGAGUUUGAGACCAGCCUGGCCAACAUGGUGAAACCCCGUCUCUACUAAAAACACAAAAAUUAGCCAGGCGUGGUGGCGCAUGCCUGCAAUCCCAGCUACUUGGGAGGCUGAGGCAGGAGAAUCACUUGAACCCGGUAGGUGGAGGUUGCAGUGAGCUGAGAUCAAGCCACUGCACUCCAGCCUGGGCGACAGAACAAGAUUCCAUCUCAAAAACAAAAAAAAAGAAAAAGAAAAAAAAAUCGUGUCCUGGAACCAGCUGUGUCACGUGGAGCCUGAGAAGCAGAGGCUGAUGGAUGGGCCUCUCCCCACUGCUCUCCAGCAGACCCUGCUGCCCUGGGCCUGCCUCUCCCCUGCGCCCGCUCAGGGCACCUCCUUUUAUAAAAGGUGUUCUGAGAAUCUGCCCAAGUUCCAGGCUCUGGAGCCGGCCCUGCAGAACUGAGAUCCGUGCAUGGCUCAGAAGGUCCCAAACUCAGCCAGGUGCGGUGGCUCACAUCCGUUACCCAGCAGUUUGGGAGACCAGCCUGGGCAGUAGAGCAAGACCCCAUGGCUACAAAAAAAAAAAUCAAAAUUAGCUGGAUAUGUUGGAGUGCACCUGUCAUCCCAGCUACUUGGGAGGCUAAGGCGGGAGGAUUGCUUGAGCACAGGAGGUGGAGGCUGCAGUGAGCCGAGAUCAAGUCACUGCACUCCAGCGUGGGUGACAGAGCGAGACCCUGUCCCGAAUUCCCACCCCAGUGAAUGGUGCCACUGCCAAAGCCAACACAAGAUAACAGAAGUGGCCAGGCAUCGUGGCUCACGCCUAUAAUCCCAGCACUUUGGGAGACCAACUCAAGCAGAUCACCUGAGGUCAGGAGUUCGAGACCAGCUUGGCCAACAUGGUGAAACCCCGUCUCUCCUAAAAACACAAAAAUUAGCUGGAUGUGGUGGCAGGUGCCUGUAAUCCCAGCUACUCGGGAGGCUGAGGCAGGAGAAUCGCUGGAACCCGGGAGGCGGAACUUGCAGUGAGCCCAGAUUGUGCCACUGUAUUCCAGCCUAGGAGACAGAGCGAGACUCUGACUCAAAAAAAAAAGACAGAAGCCUGCUUAUCAGACUGCCCUGAGGAGAGAGGCUCCAGUAGAGAGAUGCCAGCCGGGCCCAGCUGCCACGACGUGUCCCCGGUGACCAAAGGCACAUGGCUCCAGCAUGAAUCGUUCUAACCCAACAGUGACAAGAACUCCUGGGCCUUAAUCUUCGUGGAAGACUGCAGGGUGGAGGGGGGCCGCUUCCAAGUCACAGACAGGAGACACGGACAGGAAAGAACUCGUUCCACCCAAUCGGACACCGAAUAAUUGAGUGUCUACAGCAGCAGCCAAGUGACAAGUGAGGCUCGACCUGACCCAGAAGGUGCCUGCCGGCUGAACAUUCUGCCCCCACCAGAACCUCCGGGGGGUACCGCCCGUCAUGCCGUGGUUCACCCACGCCCCUUUGGAUCACCAGCAGUCACAGACAACAGGCAGGCGAAACUGAAGACCCCAACUCAGCCCCAGCGGACCCUCCCGAGCAAAAGAGACCCCCGGCGAGGCCAGCUGUCGGCAGGCAUGCCGAGGUGGAACAGCCAGGCCCACCGUUCCCAGCUGGGCUGCAAACUGCACCACCCACAGAUGGGCUUUGAGAUGGAUUGGUAUCAGGGUGGGGGGUGUGGUUUUGGCUAAAAUGUGAUGGACCCCUACCCCUCCUCGUAAAAGGACGCUGGGUUUCCCUCUGGUGACACGUGGGAUGCGUCAAUCAUAAGCCCUCCCCCAAAGUCCUGGCCAGCACGCCCAUCCUUCGAACGAUGAGUUUUGCGGUUUUUCAGAACAGAAAUGAUCAUUAUGAUUGAUGAUGGUCGUGAGGUUAAGGCGUCGUCUCCGUGAGCUUUGGGGGGAUUUUUAUGUGGAAUAAAGAAAUUAUCACUGAGAA